GCUGUUCGGGGAUCGUCGUCAGUCCUGCAACGAGAUGUCACGCGCAUUCUGUUCACACCAUCAUCUUUCACCUUUUCUGUCUUACCGAGGAAACAGCUCACGCUACUGAGGGAGACGCACUUUUCACAGCGUUUGGCCAUUGCAUCUUUCAGAGGGACGUAAACAGUGGAUACGUGGACAUGGUAAAGUGCACUCUUGUGUCUCUGGGCUCGCGUGUCUCGUGUGCUAGUUCCGUCCAAGACCGGUUGCAUUAGAUGCUUGUUUACAAAAAGACUUUAAUGCACAACAUCAUCAAUGCUACACUUUGUUGUUGGCCACGGCACCUUGCUUUUCCCGCAAUGAAAUCCUUGUCGUUGUAGACAACGAGCAGUUGGUGUUUUGAAAGAUUUCUCUAUGCUGGCUUUAUUUAUGCAUCACAAAAUUUGGCAAGGAAGAGGAUGAGAAAUAAUAAUGACUGACAACUGAAGCACUAGGCUACCUCAUGAGAAGAUCCUCUUUUAUCAUCUUGAUUUUGGACCGCUACAGGUCCAUCCAAAUGCACAGCAGUGGUGAAUAUAAUUAAAACUUCUUGAUCUUUUGCUUUCGAACCUGUUCGCAAAGACUGACUUGGAGCAUCCUUCAGCGUUACAACACUUUCCCUUCUCUCUUUGGAAAGAGAGAAAACAGGAGCAGACUCUCAGGUUGUGGACACCACGGCAGUAACUGUGGGAGCACAUCCAAAGACAAUGGUCCACUGUGCGGGCUGCGAGAGGCCUAUAUUGGACAGGUUUCUCCUUAAUGUUCUGGACAGAGCAUGGCACAUCAAGUGCGUACAAUGCUGCGAGUGCAAAUGUAACCUAACAGAGAAAUGUUUCUCUCGAGAAGGAAAACUGUAUUGCAAAAACGACUUCUUUAGGCGCUUUGGAACAAAAUGCGCGGGUUGUGCUCAGGGGAUUUCGCCGAACGACUUGGUCCGGAGGGCACGGAGCAAAGUGUUUCAUCUGAACUGCUUCACAUGCAUGAUGUGUAACAAGCAACUAUCCACGGGCGAGGAAUUGUACAUCAUAGACGAAAACAAAUUUGUCUGUAAAGAAGAUUAUUUAAGCAACGCGAACGGAAAAGACACCAACCUCCUUUCAGUGUCUAACACUUCUCUGGUCCCCAUGUCUAAUUCUGAGGUUUUUAUUUCGACCCCCUGUUUCCGACGGCCCUUCUUUCCCCAUUCAGUUACAGCUUGCAGUGAUCCUAGUUUGUCGCCAGAUUCGCAAGACCAGCUACAGGACGAUGUCAAGGAUGCGGAAAUCGCAAACUUAUCGGACAAAGAAACGGGUAACAAUGAAAACGAUGACCAGAACCUCGGAGGCAAACGGAGAGGACCGCGUACCACCAUUAAAGCAAAGCAACUGGAGACACUGAAAGCGGCGUUCGCGGCGACCCCCAAACCAACCAGACACAUCAGGGAGCAAUUGGCACAGGAAACGGGGCUCAACAUGCGAGUUAUUCAGGUAUGGUUUCAGAACCGGCGGUCCAAAGAGCGGCGCAUGAAACAGCUGAGCGCGCUCGGCGCGAGGAGACACGCGUUCUUCCGGAGUCCGAGAAGAAUGCGAACGCUCGUGGACAGACUCGAGCCCGGAGAAUUAAUUCCAAACGGCCCGUUUUCAUACUAUGGAGAUUAUCAGAGUGAGUACUACGUUCCAGGAGGGAAUUACGACUUUUUUCCCCAAGGCCCCCCAUCUUCGCAGGCCCAGACUCCUGUAGAUCUCCCUUUUGUUCCAUCGGCAGGACCCACUGGUACCCCACUAGGGGGCAUGGACCAUCCCAUCCCUGGCCACCAUCCGUCCAGUGAAGUACAGCGAUUUUCAGACAUCAUGUCUCACCACCCAGGGGAUUCACCCAGUCCAGAGCCAGGGAUACCUGGACCCCUACACAGUAUGUCCUCAGAUGUUUUUGGACCCAGUCAGUCCUUUACAUCCCUCUCCCUCAACGGCAGUGGAUACAGCAACCACCUCUCCCACCCUCCAUCAGAAAUGAAUGAGGGCACAGUCUGGUAGCUUCUGUGAAUGGACAUUUCAGCAGAGAGAAAUUAUGGAGGAGGGAGGGGGGGAACAGGGACACUGGCCGCACAUUCUGGUUAUCAUUUUUGUCUCCCCCCACCCUCUUUUUCCAUGUCAUAAAUGUGGUGGGACAGCUCACAGAGAGAGCAGCAGAGGGCAGCAUGGGCAUUGACAUUUCCCUUUUUGAACUCAUUGUGUUGAUGUUCCGUUUCCUUCUUUCUUUCUUCAUCCAAACUCGAGAAGAGAAAGUAUUGAUACUGUUGACCCAUUUGCUGAAUGAACUCUAUGAGCUACGAGGCCCAGUGUAGCAGCGUCCCUCCAAAAGCUCAAUGCGUACCACCGGUUAAACCGCCGCACUAAAAACAGCGAUACCGUCAAAGACUUGUCAGCUUUACAGAGAAACACCCAAGGCGGCUGAUCUAACGCUAACCUGCAAUGUUGACUCCAGGAAAGAUCUAAGCCGUCAGACUAAUUUAUUUAUUUGAAAACUCCUCAGACCUCCUUGCCUUUCAAGGCUCUGCCAUACUGACACUUAAACAACCUUUUCGACACUAAACAUGUUUUUUUUUUUUUUUUUUUCUCGUUCUGGAGACAUCCUGUUUUUGUUUCCCAAGAAUUCCACCAAAUCUGAAGAAGUUAGCCUUCAAAAGGCAAAAUGUUGAAAUGUGUAUGGAUGGUGAACCCUUUAUUAAAUGGAAGAGAACUUGAAAUGUUGAUAUAUGAAGUCUACCUUCUAAAAUUAUUUUAACAAGGGUCUUAAAGGGACAUAGAACAGUCAACUGUUUACGUAAUAUAUUUAAUUCAGGAGUUAAAAGUAUCAACCAUGAUUUAAAACCUCUUGAUCCAGAAAAAAAAAAAGUUCCAAGCAACCAACCAAACUUUUGUAUUGAUUUUAUUUAUAUUGUAUGAUGAAAACAAGUUUGCUGGGGUCGUGGUUCACUGUGCUAGUUUGUACAAAAUGUUGUUUACAAAAAACCUGGAAAAAAAAUCAAGUAGACAGUUGCCAAAUAAAAACAUAGCACAAAUACUGUAAAAGUGCUUUGCACCAUUAUCUGCAGAACGUGUUGAAACAGUGUAAGUGUUUAAAAAACAAUGAGAAGUAUUGACUUCUUAAUUUUUUUAGUCUGCUGAAAAAAAAAACAUUCAUAAAUUGUUAAUAUAACAUACUUAGACCUACAAGUUUUAUUUUUGUGUCUUUAAAGGAAGAUCCAAACUAUUGAAAAUGAUGGUCAAAUGUGCAGCAGGCAGCUGCUACUUUCUUUAAAUAUCAGAUUCUCAUGGUAUGUCUUUUAUUGUUCUAAUAAACCUAAGCUUACGUGACCUCCAGUGCAUAUUAGACCAUUCACUGUAUAAAUACAACAUGAUGAACAAAUUUGUGAGUUUUUAAUAAAAUUAGAAAAUAUGAAA